UUGGAUCCCGGGUGGCACGGCAGUGGAGCAGGAUCCCCAUCCCUGUCCCCAUCCCUGUUCCCGCAGAGCUGCCUCAGCAGGCAGCAGCUCCUGGCCGCCAUCCGGCAGAUGCAGCAGCUGCUGAAGGGGCAGGAGACACGUUUUUCCGAGGGGCUCCGUGUCAUGAGGAGCCGGCUCAGCUCCCUCCACUCCACCCUGGCCAAGGCAGCUCCAGAGGCACCCACCGUCUCCUGUCCUGCCCUCCAAGCCCCCACGGAUGGGAGGAAGUUCGGCACCAAGUACUUGGUGGAGCACGAGGUUCACUUCACCUGCGACCCGGGUUUCCAGCUCCUGGGCUCCAGCACACGGAUGUGCCAGGCCAACGGCACCUGGAGCGGGCAGGAGCCCCGCUGCGAAGAGAUCAGCGAGUGCUCGAGCAGCCCCUGCCAGAACGGCGGGACGUGCCUGGAGGGGCUCAACCACUUCAGGUGCCUCUGCCCCCAGCAGUGGACUGGGGCCGCCUGCCAGCACCAGGCACAGACGGCUCCUCCCGCCUGGAGCGUGACGGAUGAUCCCGAGUUCAGCCGCCAGCCCCGCUGUGCCCAGGUGGCCCAGGCCCAGCAGUGCAGCUGCGAUCCCGGAUUCCACAUGAACGGAACGGCCGCCAACGGGCUCUGCCAGGACCUCAACGAGUGUGAGGUGUUCCAGCGGGACGGGGGUCCCCGGCUCUGUGCCCAUUCCUGUGUCAACCUUCCCGGCUCCUUCCGCUGCUCCUGCCCCUCCGGAUACGUCCUCCUGGGAGACGGCAAGAGCUGCGAAGACAUCGACGAGUGUUCCCUGUCCCAGGACAACUGCACGGGGGGGAGCACCUGCAUCAACACCGGGGGGGGGUUCCAGUGCGUCACCCCCCGGUGCCCCCCGCCCGCCGGGAACGUCUCCUACGUCAAAACCUCCCCCUUCCAGUGCGAGCGCAACCCCUGCCCGAUGGAGAGCCGCUCGUGCCACCACGCCCCCAAAACCAUCUCCUUCCACUACCUGCCGCUCCCCUCCCGGCUCCCGGCCCCCGCGCCGCUGUUCCGCAUGGCCACGGCGGCGGCUCCCGGCCGGCCCGGCCCCGACAGCCUCCGCUUCGGGAUCGCGGGCGGGAGCGGCCGCGGGCACUUCGUGGUGCAGCGCUCGGACCGGCACACCGGGGAGCUCAUCCUGGCGCAGAGCCUGCGGGGGCCCCGGACCGUCCAGGUGGACGUGGACAUGUCCGAGUACCUGGACCGGGUCUUCCAGGCCAAGCACGUGUCCAAAAUCACCCUCUUCGUCUCCGCCUACGAGUUUUAG